UAAAUAUAUAUAUAUAUAGAUAGAUAGUGAUUUAAGUGAAGUUUAGGCCACACAAUGUGCGCGACUAAGGAGCCACGCAAACCAAAUCCAGUGCUGAAGGCCAAUUUCUUAUCCAAGUGGUUUUUUAUCUGGUCACGUGAGAUUCUGCGCAAGGGCCAUGGCAAGUCGAUUGAUCCCAAGGACUUAUAUGCGCACAUUCCAAGCCUGGACAGCGCGGAGGUGUCGCACUCUCUGCUGGGCUACUGGGAACACGAGCUGAAGCGCUCGCAACCGAAUGUGCUGCACAUGAUCUUCAAGGCGUACGGCACAAGCUUUGUGCCCAUCUGCAUUCUGUACUCUCUGUUGGAGAUAUCCUUGCACACCAUGCAACCUCUGCUGCUGGGCAGGUUCGUGUCCUUCUUCUCGGAGAGCAAUGCCAACGAGUCCAUGGAGGCAGCCUACUUGUACGCAAUGGGCGUCGUCCUCUGCUCGCUCAUCAAAGCUCUGUGCUAUCACCCAUUCAUGUUCUAUCUGUUCGAGCUGGGCGCUCGCAUACGCCUGGCCUGCGCCGGGCUCGUCUACCGGAAGUGCCUGCGCGUCUCCGUGGCGGCCGAUAACAGCGGCAUGAGCGGCUACGCGAUUGCCAUCAUGGCCACCGACCUGCCCCAGUUCAAUGAGACGUUCUACUACUUUCACGAGCUGUGGAAGGGCCCAUUGGAGGGGCUGAUCUUUGGCUACAUCAUCUACCAGGUGAUUGGCUGGCCAGCCUUGGUGGGCAUCGCCACCAUCAUACUCUUCAUCCCGCUGCAGGUGUGGGCGGCCAAGGCGACGGCGCGCUUCAAGCGCCUUUCGGCGGAAUACGGCGACGAGCGCGUCAAGCUAAUGAACGAGAUCAUAUCGGCGAUGCAGGUGAUCAAAAUGUACGCCUGGGAGAAGUCCUUUGGCAAGCUCAUAGCACGCGUGCGCAAAAAAGAGAUGGGCGCCAUCCGCGGCUCCAUGUACGUCUAUGCGGCGCUGCAGUGCACCGAUAUGAUCUCGAAGCUCUCGCUCUUUCUGUGCCUGGUCGCUUAUGUCUUCACUGGCGACGUGGUCACCGCCCAGAAGGUGUUCAUUGUGUCCAGCUAUUAUGACCAUCUCAACCAGUCGUUGCUGCAUCUGUGGCCCAUGGCCAUUAACUCCUGGGCGGAGACGCAUGUGGUUGCACGCCGACUGUUGGACUUUCUGCUGCAGCAGGAGGAUCCCGCCGACGGUGGUGUAGCGAACUUCAACGAUGUCGACGACGACCUGCAGCACGGCAACUACUUCGGACGCAUGCACAAUCCGCGAGCCAUGCGCAAGAGCGUCACACUGCAUGAGCUGACGGCCAGUUGGGAUCAGCCCGGGCAGGAGAAGCGCCAGCGGCACAUCGAGAACAUUAGCUUCCAGGUGGAGGAGCAGCAGUUCGUUGGCAUUGUGGGCACCGUCGGCUCCGGCAAGAGCACGUUGCUGGCCGCUCUGCUGGGCGAACUGGACAUCAUCAGCGGCAGCGUGGAGCUGAAUGGAGUCAUCAGCUAUGCGCCGCAGGAGCCCUGGCUCAAUCGUUGCAGUCUGCGCGAGAACAUCAUCUUCAUGGAGCCGUACGACGAUCAGCGGUACAAGGAUGUGCUGCGGGUCUGCCUGCUGGACAAGGACAUUGAUCAGCUGCCGCAUGGCGACGCCACCAUCGUGGGUGAGUCCGGCGCCAGUCUGAGUGGCGGCCAGAAGGCCAGAGUUAGCCUGGCCCGAGCUGUUUACCGCAAAGCGGAUAUCUAUCUGCUGGACGAUCCGCUCUCUGCCGUGGACACGCAUGUCGGGCGGCUGCUCCUGCAGCGUUGCCUAAACGAGUUCCUCAGCGACAAAAUACGGAUUCUGGUUACCCAUUGUGUGUCCCUGUUGCGCAAUGCCGAUCACAUGGUGCUCAUGGAGAGCGGACGCGCCACCAUUCAGGGCCGCUACGAGUCACUCAAGAAGCUGAUACACUUUCGCAUGUCCGUGGUCAAUGACAGCGAGGUGGCCAGACUGCGCGCCGUUCGGGCGGAUAGCAUCUUUGAGGAGGUGCCGCCACACGAGCAGCGCACCCAGCAGCAGCUCCAGCUGCAGCUGGACGAGCACGAGCAGCUCCACAAGGAGCAGCAGCACCAGGGCUCCGUCAAGCUCAGCUCCUACAAGCAAUAUUAUGCCGUGCUGGGCCUCCCCUUUGUGGUCUGCCUCAUAUUCUUCCUCUUUCUGCUGGCGCGCGGCUUUGAGGCCACCAUGGACAUCUCUCUGUCCAAGUGGGCCACCUGGGAGGAAACCCAGCCGGACGAAACGGAGCCAGAGAUCGAACGCCGCGAGAUUCGCAUGCGCAUGGUCAUCAUCUAUACCGUGCUCAUUGUGAGCACCCUGAUUCUGUAUAUGGUGCGCACCUUUGGCUUCUUCAUGAUGUCCCUGCGCAUUUCACUGCGCCUUCACAACUCCCUCUUCAACGGCAUCAUACGCGCCAGCAUGCAGUUCUUCACGCUGGCCUCCUCGGGCCGCAUACUCAAUCGCUUCUCCAGCGACAUUCUAUCCAUUGACAUCACCCUGCCGCAGGCCAUGAUGGACUCAUGGGAGUUCUUCGUCAAUGGCCUGGCCGUGAUUGUCGUCGUUAGCACUGCCAACUAUUGGCUCUUGAUUCCAGCCCUUAUCAUGAUCAGCCUGCUCUACCUUGCCCGCCGCCUCUACAUAGGCGCCAGCAGAAGCCUCAAGCGCAUCGAGAUUAUUUCUCGCAGCCCCAUCUACUCCUAUACGAAUACCACCUUCAAGGGCCUCACCGCAAUCCGCGCCCUAAGCGCCACCAAGCGGCUGGAGAGCGGCUUCCACAACUAUCAAAAUGAGCACACCUCGGCUAUCUAUCUGCAUGCGAGCAUCAAUAGGGCCUUUGCCUUCUGGACGGAUCUCAUCUGUGUGCUGUACAUUCUGGUGGUUACGUUCAGCUUCCUGGUGAUCAAUCGCAGCUUCUACAGCGGCGAUGUGGGCCUGGCCAUAACGCAAUCCAUGACCUUGGGCAUCAUUUGCCAGUGGGGCAUGCGGCAGACCGUCGAGCUGGAGAACCAGAUGACCAGCAUAGAGCGGGUCCUGGAAUACGUGCAGAUACCUCCAGAGCCCUCCUACGAGACUGAGGCAGCCGUCAAUCUGCCCGCGAAUUGGCCAAGUGCGGGCCAGCUGCAUUUUAAGGAUCUGCGUUUGCGCUACGGUGAACACGGACACUAUGUGUUGAAGGGACUCAGCUUCACCAUACAUCCCAAGGAGAAGGUGGGCAUUGUGGGUCGCACAGGCGCUGGCAAGUCCUCCGUGGUCCAGGCGAUCUUUCGCCUGGCGCUCAACGAGGGCCUCAUCGAGAUCGAUGGCUAUGAUAUUGCCAAGCUGGGUCUGCAGGAUUUGCGCAGCCGUAUCUCGAUUAUACCACAGGAUCCGGUUCUCUUUUCGGGCACGUUGCGCUACAACCUGGACCCGUUUGAGCAUCAGCCGGACGAGGAACUGUGGCAGGCGCUAGACGCCGUCAAGCUAAAGACAUUCGUUUCGGCCCUGAACGGCGGCCUCAACUACAGACUGCACGACGGAGGCGCCAACUUCAGCAUGGGCCAACGCCAGCUAAUCUGCCUGGCCCGAGCCAUACUGCGGCACAACACAAUACUCAUCAUGGACGAGGCAACGGCCAACGUGGAUCCGAUCACGGAUCAGCUCAUCCAGGAGGCCAUACACACAAAGUUCGCCAACUGCACGGUGCUGACCAUUGCGCACCGCUUACAUACGGUCAUGGACUCGGAUCGUGUGCUGGUCAUGGAUCGCGGUCGGGUCGUGGAGCUGGGUCAUCCGCACGAGCUGCUGCAGCAGCGCAAUGGGUAUCUCUACCGGUUCGUAGAGAAGACGGGCGCUGGUAGUGCCAAGCACCUGCGGUACGUAGCGGAGCAGAGCUAUUACAAGCGCGUGAUCAGCAAACGUCAGCCGGCCGAUCAGCCGGAUCUGGAGCCGGAGGGCAGGCUGAGCGUAUUCCGGGGCACCACACUAUAAAAGACUGUAGUUUAUGUUUUGUUUUGUAAGUUAUGGUAAUAUAGUUUUUAUUAUAGUGAACUGAUCUUUAAAU